ACGUCCUAACCACCGCAGAUUUGGGUACAAAUACCCUCUCUUCCUGCGCCGCUUCAGUCUUCCCCUCCUAACCUACGCCAUAAUCGCGCUAGAGACCACAAACGUCUCCCUGGAGUAUCCGUUCGUUCGUCCGCGGCCACAGACAGGGAUCAUAUGAUGUCCGACGGCCGGAACACCACCGUGUUUCUCCGCUUCGAGCGACUGAUGAAGACCUACCUUCCUUCUCUCGACGGGUUCGAUGAAGCCUUCCCCAAGGAGAAGAUUGCCGAGAUAUCCACUGCGUUGAAGACUGCCUGCGCAUCUCCAGCCACACGAAAGCAAGAGACCGUGCCUGAGGCAGCGUCCAAGGACGGGUCUAAGGUCAAGGCUGAGAAGAUGAUCUCGAUGGCAUGGGCACAGACGGAUAAGGACCACCGUCUCUGUCCUGGACACGUCUUGAACCUUUCAGAAGACAAGUCCGAGGAGACGGACGAAAAACGGUACAAGAUCGAUGGUUCCUUCAUCUCGGACGCCGACAAGGACUCCAUAGUGCCCAAUGUCCAGAACUGGGCUCUGCAGCGGCUUUCCGUCGAGUUCAAGCGCGGAGGUACUAGCCUCGAUGCAUUCGACGAUCACCCAGGCAAGACAUUAGAGAACGAGGCGGAGAGUCGUCGCCUUGUGAGGGGACAGCUGAUGUCGUAUGCCGAACGCGUCUUCACAUACCAACACCGUACCGCGCUGUUCAUGAUCUUCGUCAACGGCCUCGAGUUUCGCAUCAUCCGAUGGGACCGUUCCGGCUGCAUCGUCACCGAAGCUCUGAAGUACGUCGAGACAGCGGAAGACACAAAGCGACUCCUCCAGUUCCUCUACGCAUUCUCGAAGACGAGUCCGGAGCAACAGGGCGUCGACACCACGGCUGUUCCUUUGUCGAAGGACUCGUGUGGUUGGAAGCGGAUGAAUGCCCUGUCUUUCGCCCAUAGCAACGACGUCAAAGAGCUGGAGCGAAAGAUCACUGCCAUUCCCAGCGAUUUCCUUGGCCCUGCUGACGAUCCUGGGAAAUCUCCUCUCUUCGAGCAUGGCCUACUGCACGACGACCCCACUGCGACGUGCAAUCACCAGAUCGAUCACCCGCUCGACCCGGAACGCCCCGACAUACGCCCUGUGUUUGAAUACGUCCGUACGCUCUUUCAUGAGUCGGUGUCCAAGGGCUGGCCUCGCUACAAGGUCACCGUCGAUGGACGGGUCUACCUGAUUGGGAAGCCGAUCACGGACCCCUCUGGUCUGAUUGGUCGUGGCACGCGAGGGUACGUCGCUGUGGAGUGGGAGACUCAACGCUUCGUCUUCCUGAAGGAUGCGUGGAGGCCACAUUAUGUGGACCUCGAAUACGAGGGCGAAAUGCUUGAGAAGCUCAACAAGGCCAAGGUCUCCUAUGUGCCCACUCUCGUCUGUCAUGGCCGCGUCGGAGAGCAGGAAACGGAGGCGUCGGAGUAUUCGCCCAUCACUGGCCACAAGAAGUCCGACGCUCCUCACGACGAGGUGAAGGCCCCGGAACGAGACAAGUCGAAGCGACGCAUUGCCGGCCUUCCUUCGAGGGCGAAGGGUUCGGACUCUGCUGUCAGGACUAAGCCAUCCGUUCACGAGCCACGCCGCGGCGGUGCUAGCGAGCCUCUGAGGCCUAAACAUCAACGCGAUGAUGACAAGGGGCCGAAACGCCCUCUUCUAGACAAGGAAGAGGAGGUCUACGACGGCAUUGGUUUGCGUCACAUGGAGCAUUAUAGGAUAGUGGUUGCGGAGGUCUGCCUGGAAGUGACGUCUUUCCUGUAUGGACAACAGCUGGCUCGCGUCAUAAUGCACUGCAUCAUUGGCCACCGGCAAGCUGUGGAAAGGUGCCGCAUACUGCAUCGCGAUGUCAGCGCCGGAAACAUCUUGAUCCUGCCCACUAUCAAGUCUGGGUGGAUCUAUUGGACUGGGAUUCUGAGCGACUGGGAGCUCUCCAAGUUCCUUCCUGCGGACGAGGCAGAGCUCAAGGCUCGUCAGCCACAUCGAACGGGCACUUGGUACUUCAUGUCCAUCCGCUCUCUCGCGUAUCCUCAUCGUCCACUUGGUAUUCCUGACGAACUCGAAUCCUUCCUCCACGUCAUCAUCUUCUUCGCCAUACGCUUCAUUUGCAGCAAUUGCUCUUUGUCGGUAGUCCAUAGCUUCAUGGAGGACUACUUUGACGGGAUGACUAAUCAAGGGAGCAACCGGUAUACGUGCAGCACGAGUAAGAUCUCCACGAUCCGCGAGGCUAGGCUCUGUCAUGGCCAUCUUAACAUCGCCUUCAUGGGCGGCGCAGACAAGCUCGGUAAAGACGACCAGCCGCUCGAGGGCGAUGGGCACCCUCGUCAUCCUCUCCGCGACUUGCUCGCCGACCUGCUCAAGCUCUUUCAAGCUCGUUAUGCGGUUGAGGAGUGGGAGGCGAGCUCGGCCAGACUGGAUGAGGCGAAAAAGGCGGUCCCGGAACCUUCGCCGCCCUCGCUGACGUCGACAGUUGCAUCUCGAGAUGGAGCCUAUCAACGACCGCCUAGCGAAUUUGGUGCUGAUGACAUCGAGCCAGAGGACGCUACCACGGUCGACGUGUUCUCUGGACCCACCAAGCCGAGCGACAAGACGUUUGAGGAAGCCAAGAAGCUCGACAGCCACCUUGCUGUGCUGCAAGUGUUCAAGCGUUAUGUGGACAACCCUAGAUUCGUCUGGCCUCUUGACGAUAAGGUCAAGGACGGACUGGACGGAUACCAACCUCCCGAAUUCUUUGCGCAGGCGGCCAAGAAGGCUCGUCUGGUCACGCACUCCACCGUGACGCCGAUGGCCACCAUUCAUGAAGGGGAGGAGGCGCGGAUCCGUGCUCGUACUGAUGCAUGA